UAUUUUGUGGAGUCGAUAACCAACUUACAAUGCGCCGGUUUGGGCUCCUCCUCUCCCCGCCGAAUGAAUCCGAGCCAUGGGGAGGAAGAUGCGAUGAGCGAAAACUUCGAAAACCCGCGACGAGUUUCUCCGGGAGGCGACUGAAAACGAAAGCUACACGAACCCUCAAGAACAUGUCUGCUGUAGUACUCCAAGUGGGACAGUGUGGAAACCAGCUAGGCCUCGAGUGGUGGAAGCUGCUGAGCCACCGCAAGAAAAGAUGCCCCUUCAGCUCCCGAAAUGGAAAGCUAGCCGCGGUGUGUGUGGACACAGAGCCCAAAGUCCUCAGAGGAGCUCGGGAGUUUGUUAAAAAGGAUAAAUUACGUCCGUCCAGCGUCGUGGAGGGGAAGGGAGGGCGUGGAGGAAACUGGGCUUAUGGUUACCAUGGAGGCCCAGGUGAAGGAGUUAGAGGUUUACUCGAGCGAACAAUGGAGGCGCUUCGUCAGGAGGCAGAGAGACGGGAUUAUUACGGAGGAACGGUUCUUCUGCACAGCCUGGGCGGAGGCACAGGGUCAGGGCUUGGCUCCAGGCUAUGCGAGCAGAUCCGUGAAGAGUUCCCUGUGGGUCAUAUCCUGACGGUCUCGGUGGUCCCUCUUCAGAGCGGAGAGAGCCCCCUCCAGCACUACAACACUUUACUGAGCCUGGCAUCACUGCAUAGGUGUGCUGAUGGCGUUCUCCUGUUUUGUAAUGACCACGCUUUGUCUCACGCUGGACUUCAGCAGAGGUCAGGACCACCAGGCUCACUCUCAGCCAUAAAUACAUACAUCGCCUCGUGCCUGGCUGGACUCCUGCUCCCAGUGCAGAGCCUCACUACACACAGUAGGUGGAAUUUGGGAACGGAGCCGUGGGAGCUGAUCCGGUCCGUGUGCCCCAUUCCUUCAGCCAAACUUCUCUACACCACUCAGGCCUCCUCUGGUGGGAGGUCGCACUGGGACAGUUUGGUCAGUGGAACGCUGCAGGCCAUUCCUCAGCUUUCACCCACCGGAACACCUUACUCCAGCCGUGCUGUGUUGGCAGUUGCCCGUGGCGACCAGGACAGCUCCUUCAUCACUUCGAAUGUCCUGCAGAAGCUGAGACACGGACACAGGUGUGUCCAGUGGAAUCCUUUUCCAGUUGACCACUGGACUGAUCCGCUGAACGAGCUCGGCGUCUCCGCCUCCUCCCGUCUGCUCACUGUGAGCUCCAAUCACAGCAGUGUUUCGGGGUUUCUGGGCCGUGUAGUUCAGCGUGCUGAAGAAAUGCUCCAAGCUCGGGCCUACCUGCACUGGUACCGGCGCUACGGAGCGGAGACGGAGGACUUUCAGCAGGCCUUAAAUACUGUAACAGAUAUCAUUCAGGAGUACGACUCUCAGUGACGCUGUAGACCAGCACUGAAAACUAACGUAACUUUAAGAAAGACUUUUUUAUUUAUUUCUCCAGCUCUUUACUUUGUGUGAACAUUUUAUGAUAAAUGGAGCAACAGAACUGGUACUGAAAGUACUUGGAGUAAAACCUUAUUACAUCAUUUAUCACUAAAAGCAAGGUCCACCAAUAUUUUUUUGGAAAUUUCACCAGCAAAUGAACUAAUAAAUCUCUGAUGGGAAACUAAAAUCAAUUUGUGUUAGCGUGUUGGGGUUACUGUGGACCAAAAGGACACAUUAAGAUUUUUUAAUAAUAAAUAAAUAAGUAAAAUAGUGAAUGUUCUCUUUAUUAAUUUCCUACAACAGCAACAACAUACAUAUUUCAUAUCCAUGGUUAGAGCUUGCCUGGAUCUUUUACUCUUAUAAUGGCUCUGAAAUCAAUAAUCUUCCAUUGUAAAUGGAAAACGUGCUGUUAUUCUCUUUUUGGACCAAAAUAAAAGCUGAAAAAAAACACAACAGAAUGAAAUGAAAUCCAAAAAAGAUCAAGA